CCCGACCCGCGGCGAUGUCGUUCGCCAUCGCGGCCCUGGCCGCCUCCUACGGGUCCGGCUCGGGCUCCGACUCGGACGGGCAGGAGGAGGAGGACGACGAGGAGGAGGAGGAGGAGGAGGAAGGGGACCGACAUCACCGCCGCCGUCAUCGUCACCCCCAGCCCCAGCCCCGGCCCCGGCCCGCCGGCCUCCCCAUCCGCGCCCCCGUCGUGGACUCCGCCCCGGAGGUGGCCGUCAGGGAGGAUGUGGAGACGGGAGUUCAUCUUGACCCUGCCAUCAAGGAAGUUCAGUACAAUCCCUCCUAUGAGACGAUGUUUGCUCCUGAAUUUGGGCCCGAAAACCCAUUCAGGACUCAGCAGAUGUCAGCUCCUAGAAACAUGCUCUCCGGCUACGCCGAACCAACUCACAUCAACGAUUUCAUGUUCGAACAGCAGAGGAGGACUUUCGCAACCUACGGUUAUGCCUUGGACCCUUCGCUAGAUAAUCACCAAGUUGCUACCAAGUAUAUCGGCUCCGUAGAAGAAGCUGAAAAAAACCAAGGUUUAACCGUGUUUGAAACCGGACAGAAGAAGACCGAAAAGAGGAAAAAGUUCAAAGAAAAUGAUGCCUCAAAUAUUGAUGGUUUCUUGGGACCCUGGGCUAAAUACGUGGAUGAAAAAGAUGUGGCCAAACCUUCGGAAGAAGAGCAGAAAGAGUUAGAUGAAAUAACAGCCAAGAGGCAGAAGAAAGGCAAACACGAAGAUGACAAACCUGGAGAGGAGAAGACUAUCUUACAUGUUAAAGAAAUGUAUGACUACCAGGGAAGAUCCUAUCUUCAUGUUCCUCAGGAUGUCGGCGUUAACUUACGUUCUCCAGUACCUCCGGAGAAAUGCUAUCUUCCCAAAAAGCAGAUCCACGUGUGGUCUGGACAUACCAAAGGCGUCAGCGCGGUCAGGCUGUUUCCCCUCUCUGGUCAUUUAUUGCUGUCCUCCUCGAUGGACUGUAAAAUGAAGCUGUGGGAAGUUUAUGGGGAUCGCCGCUGUUUGAGAACAUUUAUCGGACAUAGCAAAGCCGUCAGAGAUAUCUGCUUUAACGGUGCUGGGACUCAGUUCCUCAGUGCCGCUUAUGAUAGGUAUCUCAAGCUGUGGGACACAGAAACAGGGCAGUGUAUUUCAAGAUUUACCAAUCGCAAAGUUCCCUACUGCGUCAAGUUCAAUCCGGACGAAGACAAACAAAAUCUCUUUGUUGCCGGGAUGUCCGACAAGAAGAUCGUACAAUGGGACAUUCGCAGUGGGGAAAUUGUGCAGGAAUACGACCGGCAUUUGGGGGCUGUCAACACUAUCGUCUUCGUGGAUGAGAAUCGACGGUUCGUGAGUACGUCUGAUGACAAGAGUCUCAGAGUCUGGGAAUGGGACAUUCCCGUUGAUUUUAAAUACAUCGCAGAACCUAGCAUGCAUUCGAUGCCCGCCGUGACUCUGUCACCCAACGGAAAAUGGUUGGCCUGUCAGUCAAUGGAUAAUCAGAUUUUGAUUUUUGGAGCUCAGAACAGAUUCCGCUUAAAUAAGAAGAAAAUCUUUAAGGGUCACAUGGUGGCAGGCUACGCUUGCCAGGUGGAUUUUUCCCCAGAUAUGAGCUACGUGAUAUCCGGCGACGCGGAUGGGAAACUGAACAUCUGGGACUGGAAGACGACGAAGCUGUACAGCCGAUUCAAAGCUCACGACAAAGUGUGCAUAGGGGCCGUGUGGCACCCCCACGAAACCUCCAAGGUGAUAACGUGCGGCUGGGACGGCCUCAUUAAACUGUGGGACUAAAGGAGCGCUUUGGCCGCUCGCGUUAUUCCCCUCGAUGCCCGUCCUGCCAUUCCAGUAGGCUCCCGGGAGGUCUUUGAAGCGGGCGGGGGACGGAGGGUCCCGGUUCCCGGAGGACUCGCCCUCCGGCUUGGAUUUUUUGAAGCUAUCGAUGUGAAUUAUUUAUAUGGCAAAAAGAAAAAAAAAAGCUGCAGCAGCUUG